CACUUCGUGACUCGGCCGGCCAAUCCAGACACGCUUUAUUGGAGGUUGGGUGAAGCUCUCGCCGAGCGCGCUGCGAGUUGUUGGGUUCAUUCCGCUGGGCAGGGGAGGCGAUUCUCCACCCCCCCCCGCUUUGUUGGUGCCUCUCCUGGGAGGGCGGCAGAGGCCGGCGAUGCCCGAGUUUCUGGCGGACCCGUGGGUGCUGACCAAGGAGAAGCUGAAGAGCGAGCUCAUCGCCAACAAUGUGAGCCUGCCGGGCGGCGAGCAGCGCAAGGACGUGUAUGUGCAGCUCUACCUGCAGCACCUCACCGCCCGCAACACGCCCGCCGCGCUCGCCCAGCCCGACUUCUCCAGCGACGAGGAGAGGGAGCCCACCCCGCUCGGCGCCAGAAGCAGAGGAGGAGCCGCCCCCGGCCGGAAAGCCACAAAGAAAACAGACAAACCUAGGCUGGAGGAGAAAGAUGACCUAGAUGUAACAGAACUCAGUAAUGAAGACCUUCAAGAGCAACUUUUAAAAUAUGGAGUGACCCCUGGUCCAAUUUUAGCUACUACAAGAAAGAUCUAUGAGAAGAAAUUGCAGAAACUGAAGGAACAAGGCCCAGCGUUGGGGUCUUCGACACCUCUACCAACAGUUUCUUCAUCAGCUGAGAACACCAAACAGAAUGGAAAUAAUGAUUCUGACCAGUACAGUGACAACGAAGAAGAUCCCAAGGUAGAGUUCAGACUUGAGAAGAGAGAACCACUGAAGGCCAAGACAAAGACUCCAGUAACACUCAAACAAAGAAGAGUUGUUGAACAUAAUCAGAACUAUUCUCAAGAUGGAGUUACUGAGGCUAUCUGGACAAGUGGAUCUUCAAAAAGUGGACCUCUUCAGGCAGUUUCUAGGGAGUCUACAAGAGUAUCAAGAAGAACACCAAGGAAAAGGGUGGAAACUACAGCACAGUUGCCUGUAGAUGAUGCAGUAAUGUCAGAGGGUACUCCCAUAGCUGAAACUAUAGUGGCUUCAAGCAACGAGACCCUACAGGUUGUCAAUAGGGUGCCUGGAAAUUUCAAGCAUGCAGCUCCUACACUGUCAAUCAGUGAAUUCUCAGACUUGCCCAGAAGAACACCAAAGAAACCAUUGAUGACAGCUGAAGUGGUGGAGAAAACACUAGCAGAAGAACGAAGAGUAGAAAGAGAUAUUCUUAAGGAAAUGUUCCCAUAUGAAGCAUCCACACCUACAGGAAUUAGUGCUAGCUGCCGCAGACCAAUCAAAGGAGCUGCUGGCCGACCUAUAGAGCUCAGUGACUUCAGAAUGGAGGAAAGCUUUUCAUCUAAAUAUAUUCCAAAAUAUGUUCCCUCAGCAGAUGACAAACCAGAGAAACCAACAACAAAAAAACGCUCCAUUCCCAUGUGGAUAAAGAUUCUGCUGUUUGUUGUUGUGUCAGUGUUCUUGUUUGUGGUUUAUCAAUCUAUGGAAACCAACCAAGGAAAUCCUUUUUCUAAGUAUCUUGGUGUCUCUGAGGCAGAUACCCUAGCUGAUUGAUCAUCUCCUAUGGCACACCCAACUUGGUCUCCGUUUUUUUUAAUUGUAGAAAAAAAACUCUUCUUCCCUACUGUCGUCGCAAGGACUGCUUACAAAUGUGAUUGCAACUUGACAAAUUUGAAUAAUGAAGCAUAAAUAAACAAGACAGUAUAAAUGGACAUCAGUAACUUUUUCUGGACUAGUAGGAGAUAACUUUGUGCCAUAUGAGUAACAUUUUUUUAGAUCUCUGGGACUUUUUGUAGUUAUUUUUUAAUGUGGACAUCUUUAAAUUCAUUUUUGAGAAACUGUAUAUUUGUUUUUGCAAACUUGGAAGCUGAGAAGGGCAAAAAUGUAGUAAAAUAUGAAGCUGUGUUUAAAUGCUUUGACUACGUACAGAAAAGAGGUUAUACUUUUUUUCUCUACUACACAAUGUAGGGGUGAGGAAGGAGGAGAUGAUAUUAACCUGACAAAAGGAAAUGCAUUCUUGGAUGCAUUUUAUUGUAAUUGUUCAGCUGAAUUUGAUAUAUUGUAGCUUGUAGGGAAAGUCUGGCAAUAAACUCUUCUGUAAUACUGUAACUUUUUAGUAAAUGUAACUAACCCUGCUGUAGACAGUUCUGUAAGGUCUUAGUAACGUUAGUAACUCCACCUAAGAAUAACAUCAGGUUUUUUUAAUUGUAACCCUUAAUUUUAGUGCUUAAUACUGUUGUAGGAACCUAAUAAUUACAGAUCUAAUUGGCAACAGAUCUGUCUUUAUAGAGGAACUUAUUUAUUAGUAAAAUGUGUGAAAAUAAAAUUUGCAUCAAAUAUAAUUUGCUACCAAAAUAUUCUUUGAAUCCGUUUUUUGUUGUUUAUUGAAGGACUCAAAGUCUAAAGCACUGUGCUACAUCUUAAAUUUUUCACCAGCAUGAUUCAGACUGCAGAUAAAAUUACUGCAGGGCUAUGUUCUUCAAACAUAAUUUGUCAAGUCUUUCCCACGCAGCUUAAGAUGAUACUCCUUGCAGAUGUUCAUGUAAAAAUGCGUUGCUUCUAUACUCCUCUUGGAUACUCCCUAUAUCAUGAAGUUUCAUGUUUGAUGUGAAGAGGGCAUUGUUAUGCUUUGACUUUUAAUUUAGGUUAAAAUUACUCAUCUUGGAUUCAGUUAAUUAUUUUCUUUUUUCCGUGGAAAUAGGUCUAAACAUUCUAAAUUCCAUAACCUAGCUACAGGCAACUGAUUUUUUACACAACCAGUGAAGUCUGAAAUACAAAUAGAAUAUAAAGUGAAUGUAUAAAAUUGGUGCACUUAAGUCUGCAACAUAUUGCAUAUUCUAUAUAAAAUUACCAUUGUAACCUUAUAAAAGUGGUACUUUCUCUUUUUUAAAAAAACUUAGAUAUAAAUUAAUAUAGUUAUAUCUUUUUUUACUUUAACUAGAUACAGUGUAAUAUUUAGUUGCUCUUAUGGAAACUCUUACUUGCUAUGUACUUGAGGCAACUUUUACUUCUAUUUGGUAGCAAAGCAAUAGCCUUUUGUCUAAAUGCUUUAAUUCUUUUAAUUUUUGAUUUUAAUCAAAUAAUAAAACUUGUGUUCAUCCUCUAAAAAACUGUAACAGAAAACAUUAAUUUUUUGGUGUCAAAAUGUGGAAAAAAUAAAGAUGCAAUGUGUACUUUA